GUUGUGCUCUACGUUAGCAACAAAGUGGAUAGAGCCAUCAUUUGGUUCGUGGUGCACGACAGAUAGUGUGUCCUUCAGGUUCCUCCAAGCUCCUCUGAACAUACGAAAUUGGACCAUCGCGAAAAUUUAAGAUGCGAUCGACAACAGCCAGAUGCGUCAUGGCGGUGAGGAUUGCGAUGAUGUUCAAUGUCCUAUGUUUGUUGGAAGGAGCUCCCUACAAGUUUGGUUUUCGAACGGCUACUCAACAUCGACAGGAGGAAAAACAGCCUGAUGGGACCAUUUUGGGGGAAUAUGGUUAUGUGACGGCGAAUGGUUUCUACUUGACCACCGUGUACGCAACCGACGCCAAAGGGCGGUUCCUGGUCUUGGAAAGAAGAAAGGAGAAAGUGGGUGAACCUGCGAUUAAACGUCAGCCCAAAGCUCUAAACUUAGACGCGCCUAAAACGGAGGGAUACUUCUUUAACUAUACAUCCACCAACGAGGUUCAAAAGGCCCGUAGUCAACUUCAUCAUCACGAGGAAAGAGGAUUUAAAGAUGGUACCAAGACUGGUUCGUAUUGGUGGGAUUCGUCUGAUGGGUUUCGACAUCAAGUGACUUACUCGGCUUCCAAAGUAACUGGAUUUAAACCUGUUCAUGAAAAGAUUAGAAUUCGACUAUAAAUAUAGAGUUUUAUUUUCCCUUUGUUCAA